AUGAUGCGCGCUCAACUCGCUGCCCCAGGCUUGCGCUCCAGCAUUUCCUUGGCUUCAGAUUGGUCGGAAUACGUUGGGAGAAACUGCUACCCUGGCCACGGUGCUGUGGGGCUUGCGGAGGGCUAUGAGCUCCAAGGAAGUUUUGCAGUGGAGGCAUGCAAAGCUGAGUGUGAGAAGGUCUCCACUUGUGCUGGCAUUGUGAUUGCACAGCAACAUGUCAUGGGACAAGGACCUUGCUGGCGUUUGGCUUCCUUGACCGAAUCGGUGCGCGAUCGCAGCGAUCGAAUGCUUGUCAAAUACGCCCUACAACACCUGGCAGAGAGGGGGAGUGUCAGGAUUGUAGAGAAACCUCUGCAAGUCAACCAGGCGGUCUUAGGGGAAUUUGGGGCUUUUGAGUCAGACGAGUUUGGCACGAGCAGUUUCCAAAGCCAGGGCAGCGAGGGUUUGUUUCUGGCUGGUCCACAACACCAAGGGUGCGCAUCCGUGGGGAAAUUCAAAUGGAUGCUGCAGGAUCCCUUGAGUCUGAUAGGAGCGGACAGCUCUGAUAGCGAAGGUGAGGAUGGACAAGGAAAUGCCAAGAAAGCUCGCUUGGAGCCGAAUGAAACUCAAGGCCAUGUGUCCUUUGCCGACCUGCAACAUGCUGGGUAUCAACCGGUGGAGCUACUGGAGACUGAGAGGGCAGAAACAAGAGUUGAUUGUCCUCUUCAGAGCCAAUGCCAGUUCCAGUACUUGCGUGAUGUGGCAGGGCAGGAGGAGCGAAAGCCAUGCACCGAGGGCUCGAGCGCUCCUUCAGCCGCUGAGACCGAAAUUCCCACGGACCCGGAGCCCAAAGAUCCGCCGGCGCCUGAACCAAUUCCUCAAGCACCAGCAGUGAAGUUGCGUCAGGACAGCCGUGCGCCAAUUCCUUCUGCCUUGGAAACUUUCAAGGAUGCUUCGAUGGUAUUGCACAGUAAGCUCAUGGAGCCCUUGCUGGAGAUGGGCUUUGAGAAGCCAACGCCCAUCCAAGCCUUCUCGAUGCCGAUCAUUGCUGCUGGAAGGGACCUUAUAGGAAUCUCUGCCACUGGCAGUGGGAAGACCUUGGCAUAUCUACUGCCCUGCUUUAGUCGGCUAUUGCGUGCCACUGGGCCAACCAGGGGUAGGCAGUGGCCAUGGAUGCUGAUCUUGGGGCCUACACGAGAGCUGGUGGCACAGAUACAAAAAUCCUCUGAACGUUUUUGCCGCGCGGGGGACGCAUUGGAGCUGGAAGUGAUCUAUGGAGGUGGCUCCAAACAGCAGCAGCUUGCAGGGCUGCGCAAGAAGCCGACCAUCCUGGCCGCCACGCCUGGGAGGUUGCUGGAAUUCUUGGAGGAAGACCCUCCAGUGCUGACCUUGACCCAGCUGCGGGCGCUGGUGUUGGAUGAAGCGGAUCGGCUGCUGGGCGAAGGCUUCGAAGCCCAGGUGCGACUGAUCUUGGCGCAGGCCGCAUCGCCGUCACGGCAGACGUUGCUCUUCUCGGCCACGUGGCCGGUAGCGGUGCAGAGCUUCUCCUCGGAGGUGCUGAAGGACCCGGUGGAGGUUCGCGUUGGGGCCAUGGGAUCUUUGAGCGCCAAUCCAAACGUGGCGCAGGAUGUCAUGAUUUUGCGAGACGAUGGAGAGAAACCUUCAGCUUUGGCGGCCCUGUUGCGCGGGCGACGUUCGGUUCGAGCCAUCGUCUUCGUGGCCACGAAGAGGGGCUGCCAACAGCUGGAACGAAGCCUCAGAGGCCGCCUGCCGCUGUCUGUCGAUGCCAUCCAUGGAGAUCGCAGUCAACGGGACCGCGAGGCGGCUCUGCAACACUUCCGCUCUGGAGCCAUCCAGGUGCUGCUUGCAACCGAUGUGGCGGGUCGUGGCAUCGAUGUGAAGGACGUGAAUCUGGUGGUGAACUACGACAUGCCGCGCUCGGCGGAAGAUUAUGUGCAUCGCAUUGGGCGCACAGGGCGCAACAACAAAGGUGUGGCCGUGUCCAUCCUGACCGACAAUGACCAAGAUGCCAUGUCCUUGAUCGCCAAAGUCAUCAAAGACUCAGGCACCCGCAUGCCACCCGAGUUGGUGAAACGCCUGGGGCCCAACGGGCCACCGGCUCCACCCACUGGCCCCUCGGAGUCUGGUGGACCGGUGGAUCCGCGGAUGCAUUGGUUGGAGCCUUGGAAGGGAUUGGAUGGCAACAAGUACGACAAGGAGGACUUGAAAUCCGCAGUUGAAAGCCUGUGGUCUUGACAGUCUUGACCGGAUUCACUGCUUCGAUCUAAUCAUGUGGAAUCAUUAGGCUGUCGACUGUAUGGUGGGGACGAAUGGAUCAGAACGCCUUUCUCGGCCUGAACGAGGUGUGUUGCUUGUUACAGGACACAUUGUGCGAUGGACACACGAAACUGGGAUGCAGCCGCCAUGAGGAUGACCGGCUGAAGUGGAUUGAAGUGGCAUAUUUCUGGAUGCAGUCUGAAGUUCAGGAAGUAUACAUAGCAGAUUGGGCAGAUUGGAAAGGCAUGACAAGGCAGCCAACCUCACCAGGCUUCUUCUUCCCAAAGUGUCCACUGAGAGGCUGAAGCUGGCGAAGACGACUGGGCAAGAUGUGGCCUCCACCAGGCAGAGAUCUCAUGAAAUCCGGAUGAUCAUGGAGAAAAAUGUGGUGAUGUGAUGUGAUGUGUAUGCAGCGAUGGAAGAGGGCUGCAGUCCCAGAUUGAGUGUCUGCCAACGCUGCUCCAUGGGCAUCCUUCUCAGCAGCUCUGGCCCUUCAUCCACCAGCUUGUUUUUAAUCGCAUCUGUGAAGCGGUUCUUUCAGUAUUGCAGCCAUGGCCGUAAGAUGCCGGAACGAUGUGUUUAUAUAAAUGCUUCAAAAAAUUGACUGAAUGCUUUUCCUUUGGCAGCAGAAAGCAAA